AUGGACCGUGAGUACCCCGGAGGGGCGUGGAGGCAGCGCACUGGGGACGGGAGACCCGAGCAGUCUCACCACUCAACAACCGCAACAACUACUCGGGCAACCGCCACCAGCAACGCCAGACCACUAGCUGUUCACCAUCUUACACUUGCUGAGAGCAUUUGUGCCAGCUUCGACUCGACUCGAACCAGCCGGCUCAGAUACCAUCAAGUCACCGCCCACCGUCCUCAGGAUAGCAACCUCGCCGUCUUGGCCGGCGAUCACAUGCAACGCUCACAGUCAGCGGUGGAUUUUUCCAACCUGCUGAACCCAGACGCUCCUCCCGCGACGGCUCAGGCCGACUCUGCUUCCAGCAACACCACCAGCCAACCUCAGGUCGACGCCGACGGAGAUUCAAGCAUGGCUUCCGUCACCGUCAUCCGGCCAAACGGCCCCCUCCCUGGCGGCCAGGCCACAGAGGCCACAAACGAGCUGCCUCGCCCUUACAAGUGCCCGCUCUGUGACAAGGCCUUCCACCGCCUCGAGCACCAGACCAGACACAUCCGCACACACACGGGCGAGAAGCCUCAUGCCUGCCAGCACCCUGGUUGCAGCAAGAAGUUCUCCCGUUCUGACGAGCUCACCCGCCACUCACGGAUACACAACAACCCCAACUCGCGCCGGGGAAACAAGGCCGGCCAAGCUGCUCACCACUCCAUCAACCACUCAUUGUCGCCAGACUCGGGCAUGAUGGGUCCUCCUUCCGGCCCUCGCUCCAUCCGCUCUGCUCCCAACUCGACCCUGGUUUCUCCCAACGUGUCCCCUCCCCACUCGUACUCCUCGUAUGCUCUGCCAGGCCCUGCUCACCACUACGGCCGUGAUUCUGGCAUGGGCAUCCUCGGCCACGCUGCUCACCAGGUCGAGCGGGAACACCACGUGCCUUCUGCGCGUCACCACCCCUACUACUCGCACAGCAUGCACAGCUCCCGGGGUCAUCUUCCCUCCCUCUCCGCCUACCACAUGUCAAGAUCCCACUCCAAUGACGAGCAUAAUGAUGACCACUACAACCACGCUGGACGUAUCUCAAAACGCUCGAGGCCUAACUCGCCCAACUCGACUGCUCCUUCGUCGCCGACCUUUUCGCACGACUCGUUGUCGCCAACUCCUGACCACACUCCGCUGGCCACGCCCGCUCACUCGCCGCGACUGAGGCCUUACGCUGGAGUUGAGCUGCCCACGCUGCGCAACCUGUCUCUGGGCCACACUCCGGCUCUUGCCCCUCUGGAGCCUCAGAUGGAGGGCAGCCCUUACCACCAGCCGCCCCCGCCUACCAGUGCCCCCAGCCAUCGUUCUGGCGGCAUGUCUUUGGCCGACAUCAUCAGCCGGCCGGACGGCAGCAGGAAACUUCCCGUCCCGCAAAUGCCCAAGGUCGCGGUCCACGAUCUACUUGGCCCCUCGGACACCUUCAACCCAAGUGGCCGGAGUUCUGCCACCGGCAGUCUGGCAGGAGGCGACUUGAUGGAUCGCGCCUGA